CAUCUGUCAUCCCUGCAAGCUGUCACCUAUCUCCAUUAUUGCCUUUAUUUCCGUUAUUUUGUCUUUCUGUUAUUCUAGGAUCAAUCAAAUAGGUGGUUAGAAUAUUCUUGUCUUUAUUCUACCCAUCAUUAGCAUAUAAUGCAUUGUAGCCACUAUUUACUACUUGAAAUGAAUGCAUUAUUGUUCCAGUAAGAAAAGGCUGUGUUAUCUUUCCUUCCCUUCUCUUUCUUUCUUUCAGAUUAUAGCACUCAGUUUCAUUUACUUUUUAGCUGAGAACCUUAUGCGGCAUCGAUGCCUGUGCCAUCAUCUACAGUCCUUAUGACGAGAAGCCUGACGUCUGGCCUGACAUCGCUGGCGUGGAACGGGUGGUGGAAAAAUUCAAAAGCAUGCCCGAGAUGCAGCAGAGCAAGAAGAUGCUGAAUCAAGAGAGUUUCACGAGGCAACGUAUCGCCAAAACUAAUGAGCAGCUGAAGAAGCAACUGAGGGAUAAUCGAGAGAAAGAGAUGACUGAGGUGAUGUCUCAAUGCUUGACAGGGAAUCUAGGUUUGCAUAAUUUGAUGUUGCCUGAUUUAAAUGAUCUGGGGUUUUUGGUGGACCAAAAAUUGCAAGAGAUUAAUAAGAGGAUGAAUGAGAUGUCUCUGCAAGAAGCGACACAGCAAGAGCAGGUGGUGACACCAGAAGAAGCUCCUCAGCAGCAACAGCAAGUGGUGCCAACAACUGUUUCUGACAACGUUGGAGUUGUGGCUGGGGGAGUGUUGGAGGAACAAAGGUUCAAUGAUGCUGGUGGUAACAAUGAUGUCGAUAACAUUGGAUUUGUGCCGAGGCCACAAUGGUUGAAUGAUGCUGUGGUUAGCGACAAUGUGAUGGCUAACUAUCAGAAUUUAGGGUUUAUGAACAUGUUUGGAGAUGCCAACAAUACAACCUGGGCUAAUUUCUUUUGAACAGGAAUAGAGAUGGAGUUUUUCUUGUCAGUCAAUUGUUUAAUUGUGAACCAUUUUCAUAUUUCUUUCAUUUUAAAACACAUUGUAACAGUCUAACAGAACACAAGAGGUAAAACUGUCAUGUCUGUGACACCUCAUGUGGGUUGCUAUUCAUUUUAGUCAACCAUUAAUAAAUCAGUUUUUUACAAA